CUAAAAUCCCCUUUUGCAUAUUUGGGGUCUCCCAAAAAGAAGCUUAUGCUUGAAGUACUUGGGAGCAUAUCGAGGGGCGGAACAAGAGGGGUCCUGACUUUCGUGUCUGGAGCUUCUCUUUGAUCAUCUUAGCUUCAGCUUCUGGGGGCGAAACUAAGAGAAAGUGGGUCAGCACAGGCAGCACAGACAGCACAGACAGCACAGACACCAUGUCUCUGGGUUACGCAGAGAAGCUUUCGUUCAUAGAAGACGUUGGAAAAGUGGGAAUGACAGAACAUUUUGACCCACCUCACGUUUUAGAAGAAAAGAUUGAGCGACUAACUAUGAUGAUACAAAAGAGCAAGCAUCUAGUGGUGUUUACGGGUGCAGGAAUAUCGACCUCUUGUGGCAUACCUGAUUUUCGAGGUCCUAAAGGAAUAUGGACUCUUCAGCGUGAAGGUAAAGCCUUACCAGAAGCGUCACUACCAUUUCAUCAUGCAGCGCCGAGCAUGACUCAUAUGGCUUUGGUUGAGUUAGAGAAGGCUGGUAUAUUGAAGUUCAUCAUUAGUCAGAAUAUUGAUGGCCUCCAUCUUCGAUCUGGCAUUCCAAGAGAGAAACUUGCUGAAUUACAUGGGAACUCGUUCAUGGAAACGUGCCCUUCAUGUGGAGCUGAGUAUUUGAGGGAUUUUGAAGUAGAAACUAUCGGAUUGAAAGAUACUUCUCGGAGAUGUUCGGAUGCCAAUUGUGGAGCUAAACUAAGGGAUACAGUUCUCGACUGGGAGGAUGCAUUGCCUCCGAAGGAGAUGAAUCCAGCUGAGAGACACUGCAAGAUGGCUGAUAUUGUAUUGUGUCUAGGGACAAGUUUGCAGAUCACUCCAGCAUGCAACCUUCCUCUAAAAGCACUUCGUGGCGGGGGGAAAAUUGUCAUCGUUAAUCUUCAGAAAACACCAAAGGACAAGAAAGCAAGUUUGGUUAUCCAUGGUCGUGUCGAUAAGGUCAUUUCGGGCGUAAUGGAGAUCCUAAAGAUGCAAAUUCCCCCGUUUGUUCGAAUUGAUCUUUUCCAGAUUAUACUUUCUCAAGCCUUGAGUCUUGACAAGAAAUUUGUCAACUGGACACUUCGAAUAUUAAGUGUGCAUGGACAGAAAGCUACAUUGCCAUUUAUCAAAUCUGUUGAGGUUUCGUUCUUGGAUAAUCAAGAUUUCAAAUCAGCCACUUUAGAGAGCCAACCGUUUCUCCUUAAAAGAAGAACAGUAAAGGAAAAAUCAUUUGAAUUGGUUUUGAGGCUCAACUUCAGCGAAGGGUGUGGUAGCUCGCAUGUUGAAGUUAAUAUCCCUGUUGAUUUUAAGGUCUCUGCAGAUUCUUUGAAUCUCGAUAAGGAGGUCGUUUUUCGGAGACUAAGAGACGAGGCAGUUCAAGACUUCUUCUGUGGAAAAAAUGCAGUUAUCGAGCGAAAAUCCAUCCCGUUCCCAAAGAGCGAGGUCACGGUAUAUGCCACUGUUACCAAUGUUAUUAGGUACACCCAAGACUUGAAAACGUUAGCUAUAGAUUCACUUAGUAACGGCAAUAUGAAACGACAACUAGCAAGUGUAAAUGGUUCUGCAAUAUCUAGGAAGCGGUCGAGACGACCGAAGCGAAAAUCUAGAUAUUAGCAUGAACGCUGUACAUAUUUCGUCGUUUGAUGAAUCGCUGAAAAAAAAAAUGAUAUCACAUCGGGAUUGGGUGGAUUUUGUUAGAUAUGACACUCGGGUCUCGGGACGUGACAUAGUUAGAACCGUUAUUGAUAGGAAUCAACUAACCGUUCUAAGUUGAAAGACUUUGGAAGCCAUAUAUGGUAUAUAGGUCAUGUGUGAAGUAUAUUGGUGGCUGCUGGUAAAUCAUGUUCAUAGCUUUGGGAUUAUUGGUACCUCGAGCUAGUACGUUUUGGGGCUCGGUUGGAUACUCGAUGAUUUCGGAUACUAAUUCGUGUAGUUAUUCGGAUUCGUGUAGUUACUGGCAAAUGCUUAUCGAUACUUGAUACUAGAAAUUGAUAUGAAACUUUGAAACGUUAAUAGGCUCUCUGUCGAGA